CGGAAGUGCGCUCUAGGCUUUUUUAGUAUGGACGCGUUCGCUUGAUGGUCACGCGCUGUAGAAUUGUAGUCCGCGCGAGCGUCAUGCCAGUGAAAAUGAAUGCGGAUUGAAGAGGCGCGCGGAGAGCGUUUGUUUUGCGCUGUAAACGGGAGACGAAUAUGGGCAGCUGAAACUCGGGAACGAGUGGAAACGAAAGGUUGAAUGGUUACUUUAUACCCCUCGCCGAAGUGUUACUGUAACCGGACUGAGGGAAGUUAAAGGGGCUUUUCAGCCUCACCACAGUAACAAGCUCUUGAGGGGAGCUGCGCUGCGUGCUAACGAGCUACAUGGGACAUACUUUGAAUUAUUUAAUUGCGGCUCGCGCAAGCGCGUAUCGAGUAUAGCAGCGCGCAGAUGGUAGACUAAAGCGCGUUCAUGGAAAACGGACAUAUUUGCGUUUGGGAAGGUAAAAACUGACACCGUAUCGAGCGCGUUUGGCCCCUCUCGUCAUGCGACGGUGGGGGAGGAUCGGAGCAGGGACCUCACAGCGGAUUUCAUGUUUCGCAACAAUGUUAAUGCCCCAUAGCGAGGGAUUAUAAGGCCUCAAAAUGACAAUUGGUUUCCAAACGCGCGCUCGAGAAGUUGCGUAAAGAGUUUGUUCAGCGAAUAUCUAUCGAUAAUAACCAAAGCAGAGCGCCCAAUCCAAUCUAAACUCAGUAAACGGGAAUGUAUAUAUCAAGUAUCGUUGAUUGCAGCAUGCCAAGUCUAUGAUCUGCAUCAUUUGCUCGAAUUGAUCAGGGAACCAUUUCGGAAGCUUGUGUGUAUCUUAACGCGUCUUUAUGUGUGAAGUUAUUUUGUGGUCCUCUGCGCAAAUGGCGUCUUUCCCAGACUCCGACCUGCAAACAUGUCCGCUGUGCAAGGAGCUGUGCGGCUGCUCUGCUCCGAUCUCCUCCAAUUCAUCUACCUCCUCCUCGUCCUCCCAGACCUCCAACUCCUCAUCUACCUCAUCCACCAGGAGGCUGCACGUCUUGCCCUGUUUGCACGCCUUUUGCAGGCAAUGCCUGGAGGGCCACAGGAGCCCAGGUGACCCUCUGAAGCUCAGAUGCCCCACAUGCGACCAAAAAGUAUCUCUGUCGGAAUCAGGCGUGGACGCGCUGCCUUCCUCCAACUUUCUCUUCAGCAACCUGCUGGAUGUGGUGGUCUCUGCUGAGGAACAGGGCAAGAACGGUCGGCCUUCAUCGGUGGUCCAUCACGGUGGUCUUCUGAGACCCCAUCACCUCUCAGACCCUCAGUGCAGCUCUUGUGAUGAGGGCAACCCCGCUACCUCCCACUGCCUGGACUGCCAGGAGUACCUGUGCGAUAACUGCGUCAGGGCCCACCAGAGAGUCCGACUCACCAAAGACCACUUCAUCGAGAGUUUACACCUGGCCAACCGCACCAACAACUCCAACACCCCGAUCAGCAUCUCCCAGUCCUUCCACAACAGCUUCUCCAUGCUGAAUGUUUUCCAGGAGAGGAUGGACUUCUGCCAGCAGCAUGAUGACGCGGUACUACGUUUUUUCUGCGACAGCUGCGGCGUGCCGAUUUGUAGAGAGUGCAGCUUGGGCAGACAUGCGGGUCACAGUUUCACCUACCUGCAGGAAGCACUGCAGGACUCCAGAGCGCUGACCAUCCAGCUGCUCGCAGAUGCACAGCAGGGCAGACAGGCUGUACAGCUGAGCAUCGAGAAAGCCCAGGCCAUUGCUGAACAGGUAGAGCUGAAGGCUAAGGUUGUUCAGUCAGAAGUAAAAACCAUCACUCUUCGUCAUAAGAAAGCUCUGGAGGAACGCGAGUGUGAGCUGCUCUGGAAGGUGGAGAAGAUUCGCCAGGUGAAGGCAAAAUCACUUUACCUGCAGGUUGAGAAACUACACCAGAAUCUCACCAAGCUGGAUAGUACUAUCUCCACAGUGACGCAGGUUCUAGAAGAGGGCCGUAGCAUAGAUGUCCUGCUAGCGCGAGAGCACAUGCUAAAUCAGCUACAGGAGCUUAAAUCCCUCCGCUGCAUCCUACAGCCCCAAGAAGACGAUCGCAUCAUGUUCACCCCUCCAGACCAGGCUCUUCUGAUUGCCAUCAAGUCCAUGGGCCUCAUCAGCAGCGGAGCCUUCGCCACAGCUUCCAAAGCUCAUGGUGAAGGCCUAAAGAGAGCGCUGCAAGGAAAGCUAGCUUCCUUUACCGUCGUAGGGUAUGAUCAUGAUGGUGAGCCUCGGUUGUCCGGUGGUGACAGCGUCUCGGUUGUGCUUAUGAGUCAAGAUGGUCAUCUGUCCAGUGCAGAUGUUUCCGACCACCAAGAUGGAACAUACACAGUCAGCUAUCUGCCCAAGAGCGAGGGUGAGCAUUUGCUUUCGGUGCUUAUAUGUAAUCAGCACAUUGAGGGAAGUCCUUUCAAAGUGAUGGUCAAAUCCGGUCGCAGUUACGGCGGUGUAGGCCUGCCCAUUGCAUCUUUCGGAGGAGAGGGCGAUGGGGACGGGCAGCUGUGUCGUCCUUGGGGCAUCUGCGUGGAUAAGGAGGGCUAUGUGGUGGUCGCUGACCGAAGCAACAACCGUGUGCAGAUCUUCAAGCCUUGUGGCACGUUCCACCACAAGUUUGGCACUUUGGGCUCACGACCGGGCCAGUUUGACCGCCCUGCUGGGGUCGCCUGUGACAGCCAGAGGAGAAUCAUUGUGGCAGAUAAGGACAAUCACCGCAUCCAGAUCUUCACCUUUGAGGGUCAGUUUCUUCUCAAGUUUGGUGAGAAGGGAACCAAAAAUGGACAGUUCAACUAUCCAUGGGAUGUGGCCGUCAACUCUGAAGGCAAGAUCCUGGUUUCGGAUACACGCAACCACCGCGUGCAACUCUUUGGACCAGAUGGGACUUUCCUCAACAAAUACGGAUUCGAAGGUGCCCUCUGGAAACAUUUUGAUUCGCCUCGUGGUGUGGCCUUCAAUCAGGAAGGCCACCUCGUUGUGACCGACUUCAACAAUCAUCGGCUGCUUGUCAUCAGGCCCGACUGCCAGUCAGCGCGCUUCCUCGGGUCCGAGGGAACCGGAAAUGGCCAGUUCUUGCGGCCGCAAGGCGUAGCUGUGGACCAGGAGGAUCGUAUUAUCGUGGCCGACUCCCGCAACCAUCGCAUUCAGGUGUUUGAACCCAACGGCAACUUUUUAUGCAAGUUUGGGACACACGGUAACGGCUUCGGGCAAAUGGAUCGCCCCUCGGGUAUAGCGGUUACCCCAGAUGGAAUGAUCGUGGCUGUGGACUUUGGAAACAACCGAAUCCUCAUGUUCUGACCUUUUAAGGUUUGAAAUACAAAACUGUAGGCGUGGACAAAUGGAAAAGGAGAUUUUGCACAUCUGUCAGGAGCAAAUGCAGUCUGAUUUAGCGAGGUGAUGAGCUGUGUGGACUUGAUAGUUUUGUACGAUUCUCAGUGAUCGUGUAACUCCAAAUGCUUGCCGUUACAGCACACAGUUUUGGCUGCUGCAAGCUGAGAGUGUUUUGCUCUUGGUAUGUGUCUUCAAAUCUUUUUUUUUUUUUUUUUUCUCAGGGAAUUUCUUGCAUUCUUGAAAUAUUUUCUCUCUGUAUUACACCUACCUCAUCUAGCUUAUGUAUGAAUGUACUCACGUUUGUGCAGAGACCUAGUCCGUGAAGUUUUAUAAAGAAACGUCUACCUCAGUGUUUUUUUUUUUUUCGUAAACUGUGAGGACAAAAAAAAAAAAAAGAAAAAAAAAACUAAACAAAAUGAAGCAAUGUUUGGGUAUUUGCACAGUUCGCACAAUUUUUUCCUGAUUGUUACUGUGCAUAGAACGCAAGUUAUAUCCCUGAAUGUUUCUCGUAACGAUUGAUAAAAACAAAGCUGCAUGUUUUGGCGGAAACAUUAGGAUAACGUUUUGAUAUAUCUACUGCUAUGUUUUUUUAUUUUAUUUUGUGUACAUUUUAAAUCAGACUUCAUCUUUUUCUCGUACCUCAUCUAAACCUUAUACCUCAUUUACCGUAUUAUACCUCUGGGUCCAUGAGCCUCAUCACAUUUACUUCACUUUAUGGUCUUUGUAGAAUUUGAAAAUAUGCAAGCAGUUACCAAAAAUGAAUGCUGUAUAACUGAUCAAAGAGACUGAUAAAUUAGGCAAAUUAUCUGAACUUAGUAAUUUAAUAAGGCCCUCAUGAUGUAAUCAAGAGUUUUCCUCUGACUGUGAGAAAUGCAACUGCAGAAGAACAUAUACCUGUGAUUAUUUUAAAUGAUACAAGAGUGAAUUGGACAGUUCUUUAGAGAAGAUCUUCAGAUCUGUUUUAUUUUUGGGAAGGGAAAAAUUUAAAGAUUGUAGACACUAAAUGGAAUAUCUAAAUGGCCUAGCCCUUAUUUUUGAGUUUCUACAGUUUUGUUUACUUCUUCAUAUACAGUAUUUAGGCAAGGUAAAGUUGAUAGACACAACUGGCAAACAAGGAUAUAAUCCAGUUCCUCUCAGACUCUAAAUUUUUUAUUUUAUAUAUAUAUAUAUAUACACACACACACACAUACAUACACUGAGGCCAAGUUCAUAAGAGUCUCAUUACAACCAGCUGCAUUAGAUCACAAGUUGCUUUUUGUUGUUCUAUUGAUUACAGCAUGGCCUACAGUACUUCCUGUGCCCGUUUAAGAAAGAUCCCCAGGGAGACUAUUCACUCUAUCAGUGUAACAUCAUUUGAAAACACUUAGAAUCAAUUGAUCCCAGUUUGAAAUUGGAUAGUUUGUGCCGACUUGUGGGUAACCACUUUAAAGUGUUGUUUGCUUCUGAGUUCAAUUGAUUAAAAGAAAAAAGAAAAAAAGAGGAAGCAAAGCAUUUGGGGAAAAGAAAAAAAUAAUAUAUAAAUAUAAAGCACUGUUAUACAGCAGAACAAAAGCACAUGGCUCUCCCAAUAUAGUCUGCCUGAACUUCUCAUUUAAGUUUGUUUAUGACCGACAGGAAAGCGUAUCUCACCAAUGUUGUGUCGUAACUCAAUAUGAGAAUCAUUAAUAACAAAAAUACAAGUUUUUCCUUUCUGGUAUUAAGUGGCCCAUGAGAAUUUGUAUGUUCCUGUUCUUGCAAGCACCAUGCGUGUGUUUCUGGAUAUUUUGAAGUGGGUGAGCUUUCUACAAACUUCUUUCUGAAUGUGUGAUGUACCGCCUUGUUCGUACAUAUGUGUGGCAGGCCCACUUACAGAAGCAGUAUUGUAAUAUUAACCUUUGGGGUUCAUUUGCGGGACUGUUUCUGUUUUACACUUUAGGUAACAUUUAAAAUCUGAAAAUUGAAAGUGGUCAUGAUGAUUUGCCCCGCCGUUUUCUUGUAGGCUGCAGUUAUCUUGUCCUUUCAUGAGUAUUAACGUGCUUGCAUGUAGUUACCUGUGCCUUGUGUGAUGUUAGAUUAAUGGGAAUUGAAUAUCUUUGCCAAUGGGUGACUAUAGGAAAUAGGCAUGUGCCAAAACUGCUUCUGAAAGUCACGGAUGCGUUGAGCAUGGAUCUUUUUCUCAGUCUUUUUUCUUUAUGUAUAUUACCUCAUUAUAAACAAAAUAUUGACUUUAAAUUGUGGAUCAUCAGGCAUAUUUAUGUUGGAGAUAUGUUAACUAUGAUAAUGUUGCGUUUUACGCAUGGUAAGAGUGGAGAGUAGGCAGUUAGAUUUCUGAAAAUUGAUAGACAUCUGCACAUUAGAUGAUGAUAAUAGACAAAUAAAAGGACCAGCAUGGGUGACGGAAGCCCGUUUGAUGAGCUUAUGCAAUAAAGAAUGAAAGAUUUGCUGCUUCCACCAACACAGAUCUUCCCUGUCAUACAGUAUUAAUAUCAUAUUUGAUCUGAUGAAUAUUUAGCUGCAAAGUUUUCUCCCUGAAUCCCUGCUCUCUUUGAGAGGAAACUUUAAAUGUAUAUUUUUGCAUGCUGAUAAGGUCCUUAUAGACGGGUGGACGUAAAAUAUGGAUGUUGGAAAACAAGAGGAGGGAGAAAGAAAAAAAAUUAUAAUGUACCCAAAAAAAAAGGGAGCAUAUAUCGUUUGUUAGCUUGUGGUGAGUGGUUGACUAUAUGAUUGUAUUAUUUCUAGAUAGCUUUACAGAGUAAGGUACCUCGUUGAGCUCCAUUCAGAUGCCUUACCACAGCUCCUUAGCUUUUGGAAUCGAAUCAGAACUGGAAAACUGCCAAAGACCUCAUUCAAAUGAAACCUCAGCGUGUGAAUGUUUAUAAAUCGAUUUUUCACGUUUGCCCAAAGAUUUCUACAUUAGGCAUCGAUCAUACUUGUAUUUCGACAAGCUGUCGAUGUAUUGACAUAAAAGCGAAACACUCCUAGAACACGCCCCUGGACGUUGGCUUUUGUGUGUAACACGAGUUUUUGAGCAGGUGCCCUACAGGACCAAAGAUGGAGAAACGUUUGAAUCCAGCUCCCACAGUUCCCAAUGAAAACUGAUCUCUGACUGUGUGGUGGUAGAGUUUUAUUUGAAAAAGGAGUCAGACAGCCAUUUUGUGGGUUGUGAUGACCCAAGAGAGAUCAGUACAGAAAAAGCCACUAUGUAAAACCCCCUUUAGCGGUGAUUUGGACACUAUUAAAAGUGUAAGCUCUACUUUGAGAGACAAUUCACUUUUUAAGACUGAUACUGUAUGUCAUCUAGAUACUAUCUGGCUCAUUGGACAUUGAAGUCAAUGUUAUCAAACUCAGUGUCUUUGAAUUUCAGAUCAUUGCGAAUUUGUCUGUCUUUCUUCCUUGUUCCUUUUUUUUUUUUUUUUUUUUUUUUUUGGACCUCCGGUCUCUAAUUGUACGGGUUUUGUCACCAUUUCUGGUGUAUUCCAGCUUAUGACUUCUUCCUUACUGGGG